UCUUUACACAGAGAACAAGUUUCCUACUCUAGGCUAAGCAAUGUCUGGCUAUGGUUACAAUUACAGAGGGAACUCCGGGUACAACGGUUUAGGGCCUCAGACUGAUACAUGGAGCAAGCCAAACAGCUAUGCCUCAGAUCAUGUCUGUAAGCCAGUCAUUGUUGAUGCUGAGGGGAGGAAACAUCCAGUCGUUUACAAUCCCGACUAUAACACAAGUUACUGUAUUACAAAAACUGAAACAGUUGUGCAGCAGGUUCAUUCACCUUUCAGCAGUGACCACAAACAUAGCUCUCCAACGAAAUUUGAGUAUGAACCAGUGAAAGAGUACGGUUAUGGUGAGAAUCAAUGGCAUAAGCCUACAACUGACUACGGAUAUGGUGAGAAUAAGUGGCAUAAGCCUUCAACUGGUUAUGGAUAUGGUGAUGAUAAAUGGCAUAAGCCUUCAAGUCCGGUUCAUGAUCGCCCGCACACCAAGUUGCAAACUGAAGCUAGCGGACCAAGGUUUAGCCCCUUGAGUGCUUCACAUUGGCGCCAGAUCAUCCAACAGAACUAUGAUGACUAUCACAGGAAAAAUGGUAUUGGGACAGAACCAACUAUGAUCACCAGUGGUGGAUGGUCAAGGCCAAGCCGUACAGGAUGGGCUUCUCCACCAGAUACUUUACUCUCCAAACCGAAAAAUGACAUCGGUGCAGCUGAGCCAUGGAGUAUUUGA